AUGACGAUCGUGUUUCUGGAUGUUAGCUUGGGACCUAAACCUCUUGGACGCGUGAAGAUUGAGCUCUAUACCGAACAACUUCCAAGAACGACAGAAAAUUUCCGCCAAUUCUGCACAGGUGAAUAUAGAGAACUCGGAAGGCCUAUAGGAUAUAAGAACAGUCGAUUUCAUCGUGUAGUGCCUGGGUUUAUGAUUCAAGGGGGCGACUUCGUGAGGGGGAAUGGAACUGGAAGCAAAACGAUUUAUGGAGUGGAUUCGUUUGAGGAUGAAGGCUUCAUGUUUAAGAAUGAGCCUAUGACCGUAGCUAUGGCAAACUCAGGCCCCAAUACCAAUGGAUGUCAAUUUUUCAUCAAUUUGGCUCACAAUAGUUUUCUGGAUGGAAAACACGUGGUCUUUGGGCGUGUAAUCGAGGGUAAGGACAUUAUUCGGACAAUUGAACAUGUGACCGUUGACAAUGAACGUCCCGUGAUUGACAUCAAUAUUUCGAAUUGUGGAGAAAUGUGA